UCCUACCUGUGUUGUGCUUGGACCCAACCUCUGUCUGAAUUCGCCGUGUUGUGUGGCGCUGAAUCGGAAUAUCGGCCGUCUACCUGACAACUCCCGUUACUUUAAAGUCGAGGAUAGAACGUAACUACUUUAAGUCGAGGAUAGAAUGUAACCUGAAAGUACGGGCACACCUGAACAAGCUAACUCACCUGUAGCGACGCUAAUGCUGUUUUUGUGGAGUGUGUGGGCUUGGGGAGAAAAAAACGGGAUAGAAGACUGAAACUGCGGAGCUGCAGAGUUUGUUGUAGAGGUGGAGAAGAGAAAGGAGGAAGGACUGCGCGAAGAAAGAGAAGGGAACAAUCCUUCCCGGUUUUUUUUAUUUUUAUAUUUCUCGAGGAGAAGGUAUAUUUUGAAGGACUUUUUUUCACCAGUUUACCUGGAGCGUAUUGAUUCUACAGAAACUUUACCGAAGAGGACAGUUGAACGGUAAAAAAGGAGCAUGCCGCGAGCCUUCCUGGUAAAGAAGGCGAGACACUCGCCCUAUAAGCGGAACUGGAGCGAGCUGCCAGACCACGAGCGCGGGGACGUAUAUAUACCAGUGUCUGUCUUCCCCCUGCCCUUGCUGGAGGAAACGGAAGCCAGUCCAGCAGAGACCGCCCCCUGUCUCUCCACAACAACGCACUGCCAAUACGCCAAAAACACACACUCCCUCCUGCAUGAUGUGCACAGCGUGAUGACCCCUAUAGCGGAGCUGCCCUCGUGCACAGUGCUGGGUCGACCCCAGAGGUUAGAGGUCACAGGGUUAGAGCUGAAGAGGAGGGCACAGAGCAGCACUUACGUCCGCUCCAAAAUCAAGGUGACUACAGGUGAGCUACCCAGUGAGAUUCCGAUUCCUCCCCAGCCUUCCGUCCCCGAAAACACCACCACACCUGUUUCCUUGACGACGUCCCCUACUGCCCUGGUCUCCACAGUAACGAGGUCAGGGACAAGUUCACAGGCGUCGUUCGUGUGCCAGAUGUGCCAGAAGGUGUUCCAGUACCAGAGGAUGUUGAACCGUCACCUGAAGUGUCACAGUGAUAUUAAAAGACACCUGUGUAACCACUGUGGUAAAGGAUUCAAUGACACCUUCGACCUGAAGAGACAUGUCAGAACACACACAGGAGUGCGUCCCUACAAGUGUUCUCUCUGCGACAAGGCCUUCACCCAGCGCUGCUCUCUAGAGUCUCACAUGAAGAAGAUCCACGGUGUGACCCUGCAGUACGCCUAUAAAGAGAGACGCAACAAACUCUACGUCUGUGAGGAGUGUGGCCACACCGCCCCUUCCCAGGAUGCACUGCUCAAACACUACCACGCCCUCCACCCCAACUCCGCCUUCCUGCGGGGGAAGGGGGCGAAAGGGGGGAGAGGGGCAGGAGGAAAGAAGGAUAGGAGGAGUGAAGAGGAGAAGCCACGUGGGCCCGGUGUUGUUGACCUAACAGCUGAUGAAGAGGAGGAGAGAACAGAGUCAAUAAGACACAGAGAAGGAGGGAUGGUCCAUAUGUUGCCCAGAGAGGUGCCUAGGGUCCUCAGGAAAUCCCCAGGCUUUGGACGCAGAGACUAG